GAUUGAUGCGCGCGCACGUUACACGCAGAUUCAAAAUGUCAAAUUUGUGUUUAUUUUUAACAUCGCUUCUCGUAGCGUUUGCGGCGGGUCAACGGGCAAAUCCCAUUGUACGGGUGCACCAUGGCAUUUUACAAGGCACCUGGAAGGAGUCUACCAAUGGAAGAAUGUUUGCCAGUUUUCAAGGGAUCCCGUAUGCGAGACCGCCGGUUGGAAAAUAUAGGUUCAGGGAACCGCAAUCAAUGAAACCAUGGCUGGGCACGUGGGACGCGACGCGCACACUCUCAGACUGCCUGCAAUACGAUCCUAUCUACAAUAAAGUCUAUGGUGACGAAAACUGCCUGUUCCUGAACGUAUACUCGCCAAACAUAGCAGUGGGGACCCACCUUCCUGUGGUGGUAUUCAUCCAUGGAGGUGCCUUCAUGUAUGGCAGUGGUGCCGUGUAUGGUGCUGACAACUUGAUGGACAGAGACAUCGUGCUGGUGACGAUUAACUACAGGCUGGGACCACUUGGUUUCCUCAGCACGGGCGAUGAAGCAGCCCCAGGAAACAUAGGCCUAAAGGACCAGUCCUUCGCCCUGCAAUGGAUUAAGGAAAACAUCAUGAUGUUUGGAGGCAACCCGGACAGUGUCACAAUAACUGGGUGCUCCGCUGGCGGCGCUAGUGUGCACUAUCACUAUCUGUCUCCUAUGUCGAGAGACAAAUUUCACCGCGGCAUAGCCUUCAGCGGGUCCUCCUUCGCGUCCUGGACACAUUCCAUCAAGCCAGCUGAGAAGGCAAAGGCCCUGGCUGCUGUAGUUGGCUGUCCUACAAAUAAUAACAAGGAAAUGGUGGAUUGUAUGAAGUACAGGCCAGCUGAGGUCAUUGUGAAGGCACAGAUCGAGAUGUAUGAUUGGAAGGUCCACAUGUUCACACCAUUCACUCCCACAGCUGAGGUGGGCUCUAAGUACCCAUUUUUGACCCAGUACCCGUACCAUGCGGCCAAAUCUGGCUCCGUUAAUAGCGUGCCCCUUAUAGGGUCUGUUACUUCAGAAGAGGGCUUGUAUCCUGCUGCAGCAUACCUCACAGACCCUAGCAUCCUACCUGAAUUAGAGGCCCGAUGGGAUCAUCUCGCUAGCAACAUCUUCGAGUAUAACGACACUUUACCCCUCAGCCUCCGAACUGCUGUAGCGAAUAAGAUCAAACAGUUUUACUUGAAAGGCAAGCCUGUUAGUGAAGAAACCUUUGGAGAACUAGUACAGGCUCUCGGGGACCGUUUAUUCGCAGUAGACGUCGGCAAGAUGGUCCAAAUGCACGCCUCUACAACGGGACAACCGACCUACUUGUAUAGAUAUUCGCAUCGAGCUGAGUUCAGUUUGUCCAAAUUGAUGACUGGUAGUGAUAAGGAUUAUGGCGUUAGUCACGCGGACGACGUGCUUCUAAUAUUUAACUUCGAAUCAACACCGGCUUCCUCCAAUGUACCUGAUGGCAAGAUAAGAGAAGCGCUACUUGAUAUGGUUUACAGUUUUGCUAGUACUGGGAAACCCAGUCUACCAAACAGUCCGCAAUGGCUCGCUAUCAAACCAAAUUCACCAGAAUUGAACUACUUACAAAUUAACGGACCAGAUAAAAUCGAGAUGGAAGCCUGUCCUGACUUCGGCCACAGAUCAUUUUGGGACAGCCUUGGGUUUAUUGAAAAUGAAAAUUAUAAUCCUAACAUAAAGGAUGAGUUGUAACUUUUGUAGUAUUUCUUAUAUGAAAUAUCUUGUACCUAUGGAGUUAUAUACUUACCUAUUGUUUAUAAUAAUUAAAUGUUAUUAAAAAUUG